UAAAAAAAAAAAAAAUUCAACUUCAAGGCUGCAGUCUAAAACUACUCCAGGAGUCUAGCAGUCCAUGGCUAAACAAUAUAUGUAGUACAGCUAAGCUAAAUCAGCGAGCGAGCUUUCCCCUAGCUAUUUCAUUCCCUCCUUAUUUUCCCCGUUUCAAAACUGAUGUGAAAAUAAACAAAAAUUAUGCAUCCGAUUGAAUCAUCAUCUCUCGAAUCACUGCCCAUCACCAUUUCUUAACCACUCCCCUGCACCACCACACCCUCUCGGGCGCAAGAAAUGGAGGCGUCUUUCGUUUCCAAAGCCAGGACUGCCUUCCAUUCCGCGGCGGCCAAAGCGGAGAAAGUCUUUGCGGACAUCAAAAAAUCUGAUUCCGUCACCAAUCGAGGAGAAGAUUCCGAUAUACAAUCGCCGGGUGUUGCGAGGUCGCCGGAGUCCGUCAACUUUAAGGAUGAAUCCAAGGAUAAGAGUGAAGAGAAGAACUCAAGGCGGAAGCCUGCUCCAAUUAAGAUAAAGCAGGACUGGCAGGCGCGCUUUAAGAACUUGAGGAUAGGAAAAAGAGGAGUUGAGGAAGCCGAGGAAGCUGAAAAUUCAGCAAUGGCUUACGCACUUUUUGAUGAAAAUCUGUACUUAAUGAAUGAGAGAGAAUUGAAGGACCAGAAAUUAGGUUCAGGACCUGAGGAGUCAAAUGCCUCAAAGGAAAAUAUUAUACCUACUACGGCUAUAAUAAGACAACUGGCUGUAGCUGUAGAAGCUGGAAAGAAUUAUACUUCAAUGAGGGACCUUCUGACUUCAUCAAGAGAUUCUUCACCUGUCAGAGAGAGGGCUGCCAUGAGCUUCUCGGCAAUGAAAUCAUUAAUGCUGCGAGAAAAAGAUGAAAAGUUUAUCACUGAAUUUGGUUCUGACGAGAAAGUAGUUUCUCUGAUCAAGUCUCUUGUAGAUGCAGAAGGACAAUUUUGUUGGAGAAAUGGUGACUCUGAACCUGGAGAACAUACAGUCGUCCCAUCUUUGACUAAGGAUAUUCAUGGUGCUCCACCUGAAAGUUUUGUAGUUAAGCUCUCUGAAGCCGUUGGAAGCUUGAAAACCCUGCGAAAAAUGGCCUCACUUUGGUGUAGAGUUGUUGUUGAGCUUAGAAGACUUUGGUCCGAAGGGCAGUAUGUUCCUGGCAUUCCACAAGAUGAGUUUCCAGACUUAAAUUGCUGUCUUUUGUAUCAGCAAUUGCAGGUCAUUAAUUGUUGUAUUUCCAGAAAGAAACGUCGUACUCUUGCCACCGAAUCUUUAGAAUCAAGCUUAGAAGAAGCUACUCUAAAGGUCAACGACUGUGGUGUUUCUGAAAGCAUGGUUCCAAUAGACUCAAUCUUGUAUGCAAGAAUUAGUUCUGGGGAACUUCUUGUUCGAUCAGGAGCUAAUGUGAAGUUUGGGGACAUGACAAUGCUGGAAACUGGUGAACCAGUUUUUACACCCGUGAUGCAGGAAGCACCUCUGCUGACAGAAGACCUUAUUAAAGAAACAGAAGAAUUUGUGCUAAGGACUGGGAGCUUUGGUGCUGGUUGUUCCCAACUUCUGUCUGACAUGCAAGCUUUCAAGGCAGCAAAUCCAGGUUGCAUAUUGGAAGAUUUUGUGAGGUGGCAUUCACCCCCUGAUUGGAUGGAAAGUGAAGCGUCAAAUGAAGCUGAUGAUACAUCAGGUGGAGGCGACUUGUCAUCUACAAGAGGUCAACUUAGUAGGAGGAUGCAGAAAGAAGGAAAUUUGUGGCGCGAACUGUGGGAAACAGCCAAACCAAUACCUGCUAUGAGACAAACUCCUCUCUAUGACGAGGAUUUCGCUGUGUGAGUUUCAGGAAAUGAAUUUUAUCAUUUUGUAAUUAACGGCUGGAUGUGAUGAUUUGCUGAAAUCAUUUUUACCCUAAUUGGUUGCAGGGAAGGUAUUCUUAAUGUCUUAGCGGAUAUCUCACCUUCUGUGCUUUUUGAACAGCUAUUUAUUUCUCUUGUAAGUCCUUUAUACUUAGCGACUUUGGGACGUACUCCCUCCGGUCCUUAAUAUAAGGCAUUUUGAUUUCGUCCUAGGUUUCACCUAGUAUGCAUUUUUAAUCGACGAAAAAAUUUUAAAAAUAUAUUUUCACAUUGGUUGUAUUCUCUUGAUUGUUAUGAAAUGUUUUUAAGGUUUUUUUUGUCAAUUAAAAAUAUGCACUAAAUUAAACCUAAGACGAAAUCAAAAUGUCUUAUAUUAAGGACCGGAGGGAGUAGUCAACUACAGUUAAUCUGUCUCGCUGAUUACCAUAUCGCUAAUGGUUAAUUUAAUUUUUCCUACUGGAUAUGAUUAUUGAACUUCCUCAGUUGGGUUCUGGGUUUGUAAUUGCUGAGGCCGUCCUCUCGACAAAUAUUGAUCUGUCAAAGCUGUUUCGAGAAUGCAAGGACUAUAUUGUAGUCACUUGUCAAAGUGAAACAUGGCUAGAAAAAGUGGAUGAGCUAUGUCAGGUAUGUCGUAUUUGUGCCACUUACUGAAUGAUGAAUGUGUGUUUAUUGGCUUGUUUGCUCGUGCAUUUUACUUGAGUGCUUCAGUGCUCUACAUCAAAGGUCUUAGUUUUAUCUCAAUCUUUCAAAAACUCAGGUUUCAUAUGAGGUUUAUUCAGGCACCAUGGUGUUACUGCCCUUAGAUUGCAUACAUGUCUAUAGCAUGUUUGUUAUGGUAAAUGAAAACAUGCAUGUAACAGAUUUAGCUUGGAGAACGUUGUGGUUGUUAGUUUAGAUUGGCAUCACAUAGUAGGGUUCACACUAGGCCACUCUUUUGUAGGUGUAUGAAUCUGUUGAGGCAAUGUUGCUGAAUCCAGAUGAAGCUACAAGAGGUACGGUACAUCCUGAAGAAACAGCACCUGGGAGUGACCUAAAAAACCACUUCAAGAGGCUUAAUUUCGUCUUUGGUAGCAAGGAUAAGAACUCGGGAAAAUCACCACAAAACAAUCAGAAAAAUGUGGAGGAUAACCCGACACGACAAUCAUUCUCAUCAUUAUUUUCAAGGAAGCCUCCUAAGCCCAGCACUGGAUCUCCGGCUGAUAAAGCUACUAUGUCUUUAGAAAAUGGUUGGACAAUCAUUUGAAAUGUAAAUUACAAAUUAGAAGUAGCAAAAGAAUAGCAAAAAGUGCUUUCUUUUGUGAUUUUUUUUUUUCUUUUUGGGAAAUGAGAAAUGGAAAAGAUUUUCUGAGUGGUAGAUAGAUAUAUGGUUAUUAAUCUUUUACUAAAAUUUACGAUGGUCUCGUAUAGGAUGAUGAAAGGGCUCCUUAAAACAUCAUAAAUCCUACCAUGGAGCCAAUUCUACCACUAACAUACUUGGCAUGAACUUCAUUUGGCAACAGUAAAAUACCCCC